AUGACAGCUGAUCUUGCCCCCGCAGCGUCCGCCACAUCCGGCACUUCCGUGCCAGCCACGCGGGUAAAAUCGUCCGCAUCGACGACGAGCCAGUUUGGAUAUCCGCGCGGACACUUGGGACACCUGAGCGGGCAUGAGGCCGAGGCAUUGGACCAGUUCAAGAAUCUUUUGGAGGAGAGGGGCGCUUGGAAGAGAGAACCUGCCAGUCACGACGACCAGACGUUGCUUCGCUAUUUACGUGCGCGUCGCUGGGUAGUGGAGGAUGCUUACAAGCAGUUCAAAGACACGGAGGACUGGAGGAGCGCGAAUCACAUCGACACGCUGUAUCGCACCAUUGAGCUGGAUGCGUACGAGCAAAGCAGACGACUGUAUCCGCAAUGGACGGGUCGUCGCGAUCGUCGCGGAAUCCCCCUCUACGUGUUUGAAAUCAAGAACCUCGACUCCAAAACCGUCUCCGAAUACGAGCGAGUCGGCGCCAAGUCCACCUUCUCCGACGCCCAGACCGAUGGCAAGACAAGCCCCGGGCUGCUGCGCCUGUUCGCGCUGUACGAGAACCUGACGCGCUUCAGCCAGCCGUUUUGCACGCAGCUCACGGACCGAGAGUUCCCCGACGUGCCCAUCACCAUGAGCACCAACAUUGUGGACGUCUCGGGCGUCGGGCUGAAGCAGUUCUGGAACCUCAAGGGCCACAUGCAGGCGGCCAGCCAGCUCGCCACGGCGCACUACCCCGAGACGCUGGACCGCAUCUUCAUCAUCGGCGCGCCCUUCUUCUUCAGCACCGUAUGGGGCUGGAUCAAGCGCUGGUUCGACCCCAUCACGGUGUCGAAAAUCUUUGUCCUGAGCCCGCACGAGGUCAGGCCCACGCUCGAGGCGUUCAUCGAGCCGCGCAACAUUCCCAAAAAGUACGGCGGCGAGCUGGACUUUUCCUUUGGGCAGCUGAGCGUGCCGGAUCCGAGCUGGGAGGGGGUCGUCGCGUGGGAGAAUGGGUAUUCGUCGUUCCCGAGCGGCCCCCUGCUGUGGGAGGACGUCGACGACGGCAAGAGGGCGGCGUGCGUCGCGCUGGGCAAAGACAAGGGCGCGCCUAGGAAUGUGCGCAUCUGCACGGUGCCAAAGACGUGGCCGGCCGAGGAGGACGCGCAGACGCAGACCGACGGGCAGGGGGUGACGGCGGAGGGGACCCAGACGAAUGGCGAGGUGUCGGAGGGCACGCAGACGGCUGACGAGACGAGAGACGACGGCGCGCAGACUGAGGAGGCGGACGGGAUUACGAAUGGCGAGAUUGUGGAGAAGUUGAAGCUGACGGAGGACAAGACGGCUGCUGCGCAGGUUGAGGUUGCGCCGGCUGCUGCUGCUUAG